GAGUUCUCUCCUCGCUUAUGGUUUUCUCGGGAUGCUGAGAGGACCCCGUACUUUCCGCCGCACAUGUCGCGGGGCCUUCUGCAGUUACAGAAGAAAAUAGGGGAUCUGGAUUGCCUUCUUGAGGUCAGGGACGCGAGGGCGCCCCUGACCUCAAGCGGCUGCCUGGAGCCCCUAAAGGCCUCAAAAGAUAUGCAACGCCUCGUUGUGCUCAACAAAUGUGACCUUGUGGAAUCUUCGGACGCUAAGAAGGCUCAAGAACUUCUUCAGGCGGCAGGCCUCAAGUGUAUCCUGGCCUCCGCUCGGUCGAGGGAUGGCCUUCACCUUGUAACAGAGUGGUUGCUGGGAACACCAGCCCCCAAAUUUGGCAGCAUUGGACGCUGGAUGCUGCUCGCGGGCCUUCCAAAUACUGGAAAAUCCUCUAUCCUUAAUGCCUUAAAGCAGCUCGCUUUUUCGGCGAGUUUUCACGGAAAACCGGGCAACCAGCUUGUGCAAGGCGUUAAGCGAACUGCAGCCAAGACAGGAAAAUUGCCGGGGGUCACUAAGGAAGUGCAGGCGUUCCAACUAACCAACAAACCCCGGGUCUAUUGUCUUGACUCCCCGGGCAUUUUGCUUCCCAAAAAAUGCGAUCCGCGUAGCAGUCUAGUCUUUGGAGUCCUGGGCAUCUUACCUGAGCGCUUGGUUGGCGAGGAGUUGGCGGCGGAUUUUGUGCUAUUUCACUUGAACAAGAAGAGGCAGUUUGAUUAUGUUCAGGUCUUAGGUCUCAAGGCGCCUACUAACGAUAUAUAUGAGGUAUCUCGGCACAUUUGCAUGACAUUGGGACGCAAGCAUGAGCGCCUCAGUCUGCCACCAGUUGAUCUCUCUCGCGGUUUUCUUUUCUUCUUGAACUUGUUCCGAGAUGGUCACCUUGGACCUCUCUGUUUGGACACUCUGCCCUCACCCCAAGACAUACAACAGCGCAGUGCGAUUCUCUCACAGCAAAGGGAGCCCCCAGACCCUUGGCUUUCCACCAGUGAAGAGGAACUCGUUCCGGGCCUAAUCUAG